AUGAUCCUUUCAAGCGACGUGGCUACAACUGGGCUGUGGAUCACAACGCACAGUGGAGGGUUUCAGGAGCAUUUAAUGCUCGUGGCAAAUGGAGAAAUCCAGACUAUGUCAUCAACGUUGGUGACAACUUCUAUUGGGGUGGCGUGGACUGUCACUGUGGCAACAUGUAUGCUCGCUGCGACACCAAGCAGUGGAAGUGGAUCUAUGAGGAGAUGUGGAAGGGUCCUGGCAUCGAUGGCAAGCAGUGGCUGGGUGUGCUGGGUAACCAUGACUGGGGGGGGCUGGCAGUUCAACAAAGGUUGGGAUCAGGUGAUUGCGUACAGCUGGGGUGGACUGGCAGAGUCUACUGGCCGCUGGCUGCAGCCGUCCAUAUAUUGGGCUGCCCCAGUCCACUACCCUGGAUUCAAUGUCGACUGGUUGUUUGUCGACAGCAACAUCUUCGACGUCAGGGAGAGCCCCUGGUGGGAUCCUGAGCACAACAUUUGUGGUGCUCAGCACAGUGGUACCUAUGCAGGUGCAGGUUGUGGGCAUUCAGGACCAUAUUCCGUCUUCGACUGUUCGAAAUGGUUUGGUCAUCUCUGGGACGCUCAGUCAGGCUGGCUUGAUGCGAAGUUGAAAGAAUCGGUCACGCAUCAAGUUGAUUGGCAAUUCGUGGUUACACAUUUCCCUCCUUGGUGGGGCGAGGCUCAUUGGAAGUAUUUGGCCUGGCAGUAUGGCAUUGACUUGUUUGUGACCGGGCAUGUUCAUCGUCAAGAUGUUCUGGAGCAAUGGGAUUGGAGAAACCAAUUUAAGCCUUCUGUGUGCAUCAUUACAGGUGGAGGUGGUGGCAUCACAUCGGAGUUCUGGCCAGACAACAAUGGUAAUGACGAUCAGUAUGGAUCCACUGGCUGCAAAGAGUUGAAUGCAUUGUCAUUGUCCUAUCCCAUUUCAUCAGCCAGCAAUCAAGUAGUCAAGUAG